AUGUGGACGACUCGCUUCCUGCUCCUCUCCGUCCUGGCGGCUCCGGCCUGUGGUGACCCCGGUGUCCGCCUGAGGCUCGGGAUGGACCUCAUGAAUCGGGUUGUCCAGGAUGCCGUGGAGGAGAGUCAGGUUCUUCAGAGGAUGGCCGCCGAAGCCAGCAAGAAGACUCCUGGAGCCAAAGCCAUUAAAGGCAUCUCAGGGAUAGCAGUGAAAGGCCUCGGGCCCCCCAUCAUUACCCUGGAGUUUCUGCCUGGAGUGGGGAUUUUCCAGUGCGUGUCCACGAAAAUCUUCAUCAGCGGGAAGAGCUUUACAGGGGGAAAGAUGGAAAUUUCUCUGGUGUUGAACAUCACAGCCACGGACAGAUUGCUGAUGGACAACGACACCGGACUCCCCGUGUUGCAGAGCGAAGGUUGUGUGGUGGUUCUGGUCAGCGUCAAGACCAACCUUCCCAGCAACAUGCUUCCCAAAAUGGUGAAUAAAUUUUUGGAUAGCACCCUCCAAAAAAUGCUUCCCAGCCUGAUGUGUCCUGCUAUCGAUAUAGUCCUGAAAUACGUGAACAAGAAGUGGGAGAAUCUACAAACUCCGACUCCCAUGGGCGAGGCGGGGAACGUCACCUACUCUGUGCAGGGCCCUCUGCUCAUCACGCCUGCUUACAUCCAAGUGCAGCUCAGUCCCACAGUCCAGGCAGAGUCAGGCCCCCCGAUGAAAAUUCCGGAUGACGGAGCGGUUCAUACCCCAGAAGACUUUGCACCGGGUUCUUCGCAACUUAUCCUGUCUCCGGCUUUCUUCGAGGCCGGGUUCCUUCUCCUGAAAAACUCCUUCAACGCGGACGUUGAUUUUCCCCCCUCUCAGCCUCUGAAGAUGAGGGUGAAGCUGAACGACCUCCCUAAGAUGAGCAUGAAGCCAUCUAAAAGCCUCCUGCAGUUCCACGGGACGGUGGCCCUGUUCAAAUCGAAGCCUUCGCCCCUCGUUGUCCUGAGAGCCCGCUUCAACUUGGGGGUUCAGUUUUCCGUCACAGGCGACAGGGUGCGAAUGACCACAGCCUUGGACAGAUUUCCUCAUUUCUCGGUUGCUUCUUCCUCCAUCGGGGGUUUGGACAAGAGGAAGCUGAGAGGACUCCUGAUCCGGUCGAUCCGGACCGUCUACGUGCCGGCUGUCAAUGAUCCCGGAUCCCCGAGGGCUCUGGAGGGCUACAUCCUGGAUCCCCGAGGAUUCCGGCUGGCUGGAUCUUCGGGGAUACUAGUCGGCGACGGUGACGUCCCUCCGCUCACUCCAGGGGCUCUUCGGGCCGGAUUUCCUCUUCCCAACGUCUUAGCCGCCAACUACUCACGGUCAGAGCUGUCCCGCCUUCAGGUGAGCAAGAGGCAACCCGCCGGGGGCUGGCAGAACAGUGGAGGAGAGGACUGGUAG